AUGCUUGCUGUGUUACCUAAAAAGGUCUCUUUGUCGUCCUUUAAUGCCGGCCUGCAAGGCUGGCGUCCGACUUAUCUACGAAGGCGGGUUCUACUGCUGUUCCUGCUCACUUUUAUUUCCACCAUCACUGCACUUGAAGCCCUCUUCCACGCGUCGGAGACUCACAAUGGGAUUGCGGCAUCUUCUGAAGGCCGUCAUUACCUCUGGACGUAUGGACCAACUGCUAUAUUGACCGUUAUAACGACUUUCUGGGCGCGUGUCGAAUUUCAAUCUAAACAAAAUGCUCCCUGGCGAUCGAUGCUGGAGGGACCCCAGCCAGCUGAGAAGAGCGUGCUCUUAGAUUACAUCUCUGAUAUGCAACCAGUGGCCAUGUGGAAGGCAUUUUGCAACCAACACGAGAUUGUUUUUGCUGGACUCCUGUGCUCUCUAUUGCUGCAACUUGUCAUUGUCUUUUCGACUGGUUUACUCACCCUCCGAGAAACUUACGUCCCGAGAAGCGACAUACCAGUCCAAUUGCACAACGAGUUCAGAGCGAACAGAGCCAGACUUGAGACAGUCGGAUCACAGCCCUGGGACAUUAUAAAUGGUGUUCUAUUUGACAACCUCACUUACCCAAGUGGUACCAACGAGAACGUCACAUUUCAAGAAUUCUCGGCACCCAGUCUAAGCUCCGAUGCUGAGAUUACAGCUCAUAUUAAGGGCUUAGGGGCCGACUUGGACUGCAGUCCUGCAAAUGUCAAAAAAAAGAGCCUCUAUUAUCUGACCACGGAAUUCCACAAGGAUGGAACGUUUGAAAAGAAUGCAGUUAUCCAGGACUGGCAGCUGACCACGCCUUCCUGCUCUAUAAGAAAUCAAGCUCUUGUGAGCGGAUUAGCUAUACAAAGUGGCAAUUUUCAAGAUGGGCAAUGCGAAAAUAUCAAUGGUACUGACGGCGCACGCAUCAUUGUCUCAAUGCUGGAAAUUUCUGGACCUUCCGGCCACAAGUUCCGCACCUCGCCGCCAGCCCGCUUCCCUCCCAGCAACACUACCUACUGGGGUGUCGAUAUUGCAGUGAACCAGUCACUAGUCUAUAUAUGCAAGCCUACACUAUCUCUUAUCAAUCUCCAAGCCAAGGCAAACUCCACGACCCUCUUGUCAAAUAAAGUACAGCUGAAGGUCUUGAGUGCUGAAAGCCUCACUCUGCCUGGCAUCACCCCUGGAGACAUUUCUUCGCUCAUUUCUAAGAACGCCAGUCUUACCACAGGGUUCAGAUCAGUGGAAUUGUAUCGUCCAUUCCCACUUGAUGCCUAUGUGUUGGACAGUUUCAAGAUUGGACUAGUUCUGAUAGGAGCGGAUGUGACAAUUGACAACCUGUGGCGUGAUGGUGUCCUCCGGGAUUCAGCCUCUGCGUACUAUCGCGCAAUGACGGCUCAACUCCUUCACAGUGGUUUAUCAGCCGGAACGCAUCGGAAUACGACGGGUUCUGCCAUAGUAAAGGAGAAUCGAGUUGUCGUGCUACAGUUCCCACUUCGUGGCAUUGAAGCCUGCCUGGUACUGAUAACUUUACUCGUGGUGCUGAUGAUCCUGCGUACGGCCCAUAGAACCACUGCCACUUGGAAUCCCGCGCAUAUUGCAUCAAUUGCUGCGAUUACGGCCGAAAGUGGCGAAUUUCGUGAUCUACUGCGUGGGCUUGGAGGGACAUCUGAGAAAGCUCUCCACAGCAGUCUUGCAGGCAAACAGUUCUUCUCGGAAACCACACUUGACAAUUCACCCAUCAAAGUUCUGAGGAAUGAAAUGGAACAAGAUACACCGUCGAAAUCCGUCAAACUCGAAUAUAGCAAAUGGAAUCCUUUUCCGGGACGUUGGUCUCGGGUCGUGAUUUUUGUGUUGGUUGCGUCAAUGAUAGCGGCUCUGGAAGUUCUGCUUCAUCUUUCUCGGAUUAAUGAGGGUCUAGGCGAUGCGUCUUCUGCCAACGAGUCUAAGCAUUACCUGUGGACUAUCUUACCUGCACUAGUCAUGUCUGGUACGAGAAUGUUCUUCGCAGGCAUGAACUUCAACAUCAAGUGUCUGGCUCCAUACGCCCGCCUCAAGAAGAAAGACGGGUCAAGUUUUCGACAUGCAAUGAGCAUCAGCUUCGUAGAUGCGCUCGGACUGAACAACACUUUUCGGUCCAUGCAAUCGCGGCACUUUGCUGUUCAGAUCACUACGCUUGCCGCAGGUGCUGCCUUCUUGCUGACAAUUGUUGUCAGCGGACUUUACUCCACUGUUGAGGUCCCAACACACAUCUCUGUGAAUUUCACCCAAGUUGGGGGUUUUCCUGAUCCUCGUACCAUUCCGGGUGCUCAAUUGCUUACAGAUGAAGUCGGCGAAGUUGCUGGGAUUCUCACCUCUGAAUAUGUGCUCCAGUACAAUUUCAGCUUCCCGCCAUGGACAUACGAAGAGCUCGCCUUUGCAAAACUGUCAAUGAACACGUCCAUGAGCAAGUCAGAAGUCAACGGCUCCUUUGUCGACGUACGUGUUCCUGCACUUCGGGCCGCACCAGUUUGCCAUAUACAAACAGAAAAAGACCUCCUCCCAGUUCUGACUAGCACUGGAAAGUCCUCGAAUGCAACAUACGGACUCAUUGUGCAGUCACCCGAUCUGGCGUGUCCCGGAAACAAUACGGACACUUAUGGGAACUUCACUCUUUUCAAUGGCCAACAGCAGAGAACCCAACCGUUUGGGUACUCGUCGCAGGGAAACUGCCAUUCUGUGGCCGGUGGCGUGGCCGGACAGACCCAUUACACCGUCACGUACGUAUGGGGCUAUAUUGAAAACCUUGCCGUCAAACAUAUCGCAGGAAUGGUCUGCAUGCAGUUCGCCGAGACAGUUGACGUCUCGACACGUUUUAAGUUACCAGGCAUGGAAAUCGACCUGGACCAUCCUCCUGUCCCGGACGAGUCAUCGGUUAAGCCAGCACCGGAUCUCUACACCCCCAUUCCGGAGUGGUGGGUACUGAACAAAAACGGUAUAUAUGCAGCACUUGACGGGUUCUUUCAAAUCCUGGUAUCUGGAAAAAAUGCCAUUCCCGUGGAAAAUCUCCAGCACGCGCAGGACGAUGCCGUCGUGAUCGAAGCAAUCAAACGACAACACAAAAUCAUCAACGCGUUACAAUUCAGCAAUUAUACACGCGGCUCCGCCAACGAUACAAUUAGACACGAUCCGUUGCCGGGCAAUAUGACUAGCUCCAAUCGGCUUCGGGUGGUACAAGACGCAACGUCCACACGAAUUCUCGAUGGCCUGCUCGCAGCGAUGCUCGUGCUAGGAAUCAUUGGCUCGUGGCUCCUCGAUACAGACACUGUCCUCCCGAAAAGCCCUUGCAGCAUCGCCGCCGUCGCGAGUCUCGUGGCGGACUCGAGACUGCUCGAUCAAUAUCUGGAGGGCGCUUGGACACCGGAUCACAGCACCCUUGAUCAAAUUUUCUCGGAUCGGCGUUUUUAUUUGGGCUGGUGGCAAGACUACGAUCAUACUGGCGCGGCUGCGACGAAAACUUUUACUAUAGACCACGUCCCUACAGAAGGAAGCGCUUGA